AUGGAGUUGGAAGAUGAUUUUGUAUCUGUUGCCUCUGUCCAGAUUGGACACAACAGUAUAUUACAACAUGGGAAUGAAAAAGGCUGCUGCAUCUUGGAUACUGCUGGAGGUAGUCAAAAAUGUGGUUUGCUUAACAAUACCAGUGAUGCUAUGGAUAAGAAUGUUCCCAUAUCUAAGGGGAGAUCGUCUUUCUUCGAAAUGUUCAAAACACGAUGCAGUGAAUCAGACUUAGGGCCAAUAAGUCUCAACUGGUUGGAAGAGCUGAGUUCAGAAGUUCCACCUUAUGACUGCAAAAUAUCAGAAGAUGCUGAAUAUAAAGCUAGCCUGGAUGAACACGCUUUUAAGAUGCCAAAGAAGAAGCUGUUUACAAACAGUCAGUUAGCUUCAACACCACUGAUUUUAAAAGAACAGAGUCAAAUCUUGCCACUGUUUGUUUCUCCAGUGAAAGAAAUGGAUCAGAGCACAAUGGAAGCUGGCAGAUCUGUUAAUGAAGCCCCUGCAACAAGGACAAAAUUGGAUCAAUCAAAUGAAGUAAUCAGUCCUCCUUCAAACAACCGUCUCAUUUCAAGCCCAGCUGUUUUAAGAAAUAUAUGUGGAACACCUCUAGGAUAUAAAUCUGUGUUAAAUGGAAGUUUGCUUUCUACGCCAAAAAUUUUUCAGGCUCAGACACCAAAAUGCAUUUCUGAAAGCUUGGGAGCAGAAGCGGAUCCUGAAAUGUCUUGGUCAAGUUCAUUGGCUACACCCCCUACACUUUCCCCAACAGUAGUAAUAGCUACUGGAGAUAAGGCAGCUUCUGGAAAAAAGGAACACAAUGAAAGACUUGCUUUGAUCAUGCAAAGUCUUUUAUCCAAGUAUGGGAGAAGUCCUGGUAAGAACAUACUAUCUACAGCAGGAAUAGAAGACUUGUGUUCAGAAGAUGACAGCAAGAACCAAAAUUUUGGAAAAUUAUUAGAUGGCUGCUUUGGAAUAGACAAACUUCCCAAUAAGUCAAGUGUAAACCAGAAGCCACCAAAUAAUUUGGAAGAUGAAGAAAUGCAUGAAGAAACUGACACUACAGGAGGAAUUGAGGGGAGUUUUUCUGUAUGCUUUACAAGCGGCAACACUUUCCAAAGAGAAAUGAAAACAGACAUAUGGAGUAAGAAUUACUCUGAUAAAGCAAAGCAUAAUGAUCUUAAAGAAAAUAAUGCAGCGAAAGGGGACUCUAAAGAUGUCAAUAUAGAAAAAUAUGAAACAGAAUUAAAUUCCUCAAUGUAUAAUCUGCACAGAAUGAUUAUUCCAGGUAACAGAACACAAAACCACUGUGCUGAUCAAAUUAACAUAUGUGUAGAAGAAGAAAUGCCAUCUUCUGUAUUCUCUGCAUGGUCUCAAUUGGACUUGUCUGGUCUUGAAAUAACACAGCUGGAAAAAGUGUCUUCAUGUUAUAGUGGCUCACCUUCUAAUAUAUAUAUCAAGAAAAAUUCUGAAGACCACAUACCAUCUACUUCCAAAGAGUGUGCUCGUACUAGUUCUUUAGAAUCAUGCAUAUUGAACACAUCAAGUCUAAUAAAUGUCCACAAAUUAUUGAAUGCUAAUUCUCCAGAAAAAACAGCAGGUUCCAAAAAUUCUCCAGUGCCUGUUGAAACUAUUAACAGCCCAACCCUAGUGAAAGGUUGUGAGACUAAGCAAGCUUCUGUCAUAAAUGACUCAGAAAAUCUUUCCUUCUUAACGGAAAACACAACUUUUACAGAAUUCUUGGAAGCUCAUAGCAGUUGCCAUCAUAAAUACUCUAAAGACAAUUCUAAGACUUCCCCUGGCUCUCCUGGAGACAGUAUUCUAACAGCAGCUGCUGGUGAUGGUAGAGGACUUAAAAAGUCCGGCUUGGCAACAACGAGUUCACUUUCCAGUUUUAAAAGGCGACCCCAAAAAUUUGUUUAUUCACUAAAAGAUACUUCAGUGUAUCAGGAAGAAGGAACUACACAGACAGGUGGAUCUUAUCUUGUGCCAUCUGGUGCAGAAUUAAAAUCGUCCAACACUGAAGUUUCUGGAGCAGCCACUGGGAAUAAAGGGCAAACUGAAGAAUCUUCAAGUGGUAACGAGUGUGUUGAAGAGAGGCAGAAAGUAGAAUUUGAGAAAAGCUGGACUUGGACUAAUACAACCCCAUUCAAUAAAAAACCAACCGUAGGAACGGAUCAAUUACCACUUCUAAACAUAGACAGGAAAAAUGACACAAAUCUGCCUUCUCAUCUUAUAGCUGCUAAUCAAGGAACAGAGUCAAGUGAAAACAAGAUCCACACAAGUAGUAGCAAAGAUACUUCAGGAAAAGAAAAUAGUGAUAAAUGUGCCCGCCUCACAAACUGCAAUUCAUUCCAAGAAGGAAGUUCUGAGGCGUCUGAGUUGGCAAUGCAGGCAUUGAAAAGGGGAAACAGGCAAGUACCUUUGGGAUUAGUUGCACAGCAUUCUUUGGAAAGUUGCACUCAAAUGGCUGAACUUGGGCAUCUGUCAAAGAAAACAUCAAAGCCUAAUGUAGAUGAGCCUUCUAACCCUGUAGUAUUGGAGAAAAGUUUAGAUUUGAGACAACCUCUUCUAGAUAAUGACAAGCAGAUGAAGUUAGGACAUGCAAGUCAUAACAAAAACCAAGGUUUUGCCAGCUUCAAAACUGUAUCUAAUAAACAGAUAGCUUUCUCUGAAGACAACAUCAGAAAAGGCAAACUGCUAUUUAAAGACAUAGAAGAAGAAUUUCUUAAAAGCUUUCCCUGUGAACAAAUGCAGUAUAUUCCAAAUCAAAAUGUACAAGAAAAUGCUGAAAUACCUGCAGUCAGAAUGAAUAAAUUAAACAAAAGCAUACCCAACUUUUGUCAUGUUUCUGAUUCACAAGUGAGCCUUAUUGAAUUCAGUGAUUCCAAAAACAUGUUUCCUGAGUUUUUCCUAAAUGCAUCUGUUCAGAAUGUGCUUAAAAAUCAACAAGGAAAACAAAUUUUAACAGCAAGUGAAGAAGCAGAGGUUGCUGAGCUUUCUAGUAUACUGGAAGAAACAGGUAGUCAGUUUGAAUUUACACAGCUUAGAAAGCAAAGGGCUGUGCUGCAGAACAGUACUUGUAAAGUAUCUGGAAGCACAAAUAAACAUGAAGCAUGGAAAGAUAAUUUUAAGGAAGGCUGCAAAUCAAAAUCCCAGAGAGACAAUGAUCAAUCUCCCCAUAAGUACAGAGACAGAGACACCACUGAAGAAUCUGCGAUACAGAAACAUACCAAUGAAGAGCUUACAUCAGUUAAUUUGUCAAGCAGAAAGCAAAACAGGGAAUGCUCUGUUCCAAAUGCUUUAGCAUCUCUGCAUUGUGGCUUGUCUGAUUUGGCAGAAUGUAGGUCAGCUGGGAGAAAAGAAAGUGCUAUUUCUAGUGAGAUCUUUAACAAACCUUCAGACUUAGUCAGUGAUCUAGAUGGAGUGGGUAAAAUGCAUAGCCUUCAUAGAACAAAGUUAAAAAAUAAUUGUUCAAACAGAUGUGAUCCUUGCUGGAAUAAUCCUAGAUAUAUGAAAGAAACGGGCAUUGAUUGGCAUCAUAUGGUCAAAACAGUAAAUGCUGAAUACAUGAUGAAAAAUAAUGCGAGAGACACUGCUAACUUUGUCAAAGAAAAUAUGGAAAAGAAGUCAAAUAGAACAGGUUAUAAUGAAGACAAUAUUAUUCAUAUUUCUAGUACAACAGAAGUUAAUCUAAAAAUUGUUCAGAAGUAUUCUAUUCGCAUGACAGGAAAUGACCUGUCAACCAUGGAAAACAAUCACAGCAUAUUAGUCUCACGUCAAUUUAUAAACUGUGAAGAGACUCACUGUAAUGAUUUGCAAGAAACUCUGUCUGACCUCACAUGUUUAGUUGAAGUAGCUAAAACUGAACAGAAUUCCAUUUUGAAUAAUGUAGAUGAAAAAGAAAACCUAAAUUCGAAUCAAAAUUCUGAUCAACAAGAGAAGAAAGUACAUAGUCCAGAGGGUGGUUAUUUAGUACCCACCAUGGCUAAUCAGAACAUUCUUGUCCCCCAGGCAAGAAAGAAUAAAGCAUUUCAUGUGUUGGCUGACUGCUGUGUAGGAAAAGAACUAGAUGAUAUGUCAUCAACUUCCUGUGGUAAGACAGAUGUUGGAAACAAGAAGGGGCCCAUCACUUCUGUCAAAAAGAGUAUUGAUUUAAAUCAAGGUGAAAGCUUAAAGCACAAUAGUGCAAUGGGAUUUUGCACAGCUAGUGGUAAGCAAAUUGCAAUCAGUGACAAAUCUUUAGCUAAGGCAAGGUAUAUUCUUUCAGAAGACAGUACUUUCUCAGAAAAAGAUGGUCUUAGUAAUUUUGUCAGCCCUGGCAUUCAACACUCAAUAAAAGAAAAUGAGAAUGAGAACAUUGCCAAAGUAAGAAAGGAAUUUGAAGACAGAAUUGAAAAGUAUAAUGAAGUUCUAAAUCUUACAAUUGGCUCUGAUGAUCCUCUAGAUCUGCUGCCUGAUAAUGUUACCAUUAAGCAGACAGAGACUCUUGAAACAGUUACAAAACCUUCUCUAGAGAUUAAUACAUCUGAAAGAAGAAAAAAAUAUGACAUAACAGAAGGCUUGGUGACAGAGAAUAAUCCAGCACAGAAACCAAACAAAAGUGAUGCUUCAAAAAGUUUAUCUAUGUAUUCUGAUAAUGACCAGUGUUUACAUGUUGAAGAAGGGUCUGGUAUUUAUGCAAAACAAGACAGUCAGCAGCCAUUAUCUAGAAAUCCAAGUGAUGUAUUCAUUAAUAACAACAAGAAUUGGGAUUUAACUUCUUCCAAAACUAGUUCCUCUAUUUUAAAGAGUGAGUGUUCUGCAUUACACCAUUCAUUCAAUAAUAAUGAGACAAAUUCCAAUGCAGAAAAUUUCAUUUAUAUGUCCCAAACAACAUCACCAGAAAUGUUUAAUGCAGAAAAAUUUAGCACCUUUGAAGACAUACCAAAAAAUGUUGAUUUUAUAGCCCAGAAAUGCGAUUUGAACCUACUGGACAUGAACAACUUACAGAAAGAUUUGUCUAGUGAAGUAUCCAUCUUAGCUUCCAAGCUUUCAACAACUAGGCCAGUUGCAUUUAGUACAGCAAAUGGUAAAGCUGUCAGAAUUUCUCAGGAAGCAUUAAAAAAGGCCAGGCAGUUCCUUCAUACUGACUGCUAUGAAUCCACAAAACAGACUACAGAAUUUCAGUCUGAAAUUAAUAAACAUGGCAUUUUAGAGAGCUGCUCUGAUGCUUUAGGAACUUCAGAGAAAAUUGCUGCAGAAAAUUCAGUUGCAGCCCAAUUUCCUGGAGCUGGAAAAUAUAGCUGGGAAGAUAAACAAGCAUUACAGUAUAUGGGAACCAUGUCCUUGGAUGCUGGUCCUCAGUCAGGUUGUCAAACAUCAUGUUUUCAAAUGAUUGAUAAGCUCUCUGACCCCUGGGCCUCCAGCAAACGAAAUCACAUCAAAUCAGACUUUACUAGAGAUACUGGUAACUGUGAGUUUUUCAGCACAGCAAGCGGUAAACCUGUACAGUUAACUGUAGAGUCAUUAAAGAAGGCAAGACAACUUUUUUCUGAUAUUGAAGAAAAUAAUUCAUCAGUUCACCCGAGUCAUGUGUCAAAUGACAGUCAUGCUGAAGUAUUUUCUGUUGGAAAUAAAAUGACCCCUGGAAAAUGCAAACCGUUAAUGUCCCCAGGAGAGAGACUUCCAAACACUGAAGUAAAUUCACAAUUUUGUUUUGGCUUUAGCACAGCAAGUGGGAAACAAGUGCGUGUCUCUGAGAAAGCUCUCCAGAAAGUUACAGGUUUCUUCAAAGAAAUUGAUGAUACAGGCAGCAAUAAUUAUUUUGAGAAUGAACAAAAUUUACAGCAGGACCAUAUUUCACCCAAAGAAGCUCCUUGUGUAGAAGCCAAAGCUGAUGACGAAGUCAUUUCAAAAUCUAAACUGCAAGAGAAGUGCAAUGCACUUUAUUUAACCACAAGCAAUCCUAAUGAAAAGUCUAAAACACUUAAUGCUUCGUCUGAGUCUUAUACUGAGAAGUACAAGCAGCCAGUGCAAUGGGAAAAACCCUUUCCAUAUACAAAGCAAAUGGCACCUCUGGAAAGACACCAGCCUUGCCGAAAUAGGAUGAAAACAACAAAUGCAACAAAACUCAAUACUGUUACUGAAGGAGAUCUGGAUUCUUGUUAUCCUCUGUACUCCCAAACUCCAAAAAAUGACUUUGAAACUGAAGCUUCAGAAAGUGCCAAAGCAUUCAUGGAAGAUGAUGAGCUCACUGAUUCAGAAGUACAGAAAAAUAAAGGAAUAUCAGUCUUUGUUCCUGAGAAAACUAAUAAUUUGCUAUCAAAUGCAAGAACUGGGAAAAGGCGCAUAGAAGAAGAAAACAAAUUUGGAGAACCUCCUAUUAAAAGAAAAUUGUUACCUGAGUUUGAUAGAUCAGAAGGGCGCGACAAAUCAUCUUUGAAAGCUUCAAAAACUACUCCAGAGGAUACAAUGAAUGACAGAAGGAAGUUCAAAUAUAGUAUCGAAUUAAAGCCUGCAAUCAGUAUCCCUUUCAGUUCUUCCAAAGAGCGGCAAGAAGUUUUGCAUCCAAAUCUCACCACCCCAGACCAAGAUCUGAAAGGAUCUAAAAGUAAAUCUAAUAGUUAUCAGGAAGAUAUGUCAAUGCCAUCUUUUAGCAGACCAUCAGCUUCUUGGACCCCUUUUAAUAAGAGCUUAGCUAAGGAAAGCAAGAAGACAGAAAAUGAUUAUAUUGUUCAGAAACCUGUCAAAGUCUUUGUACCACCUUUCAAAACAAAGCCAAGUAUUUCUGAGGAUGAAAUAGCUCACAGAAAAAAAGAUGACUUACUGGGCAGCAAAAAUAUUGAUAGAAAGGAAAAGCUAACUCCCACAAAGAUUCAAGAAAGCACCAUUGAACCAGAAGACAAUUCCUUUGAAGACAAUAGUGCCACACAAAUAUCUCUAGGGUAUUCAGAAUUCACAGAUACAAAUUCAGAUUUAACAAAAAUAGUAAAAGAUAUUCAGUGUGCCAGAAAUCUACAAGAAAUGAGAAUUAUAAAGAAAAAAAGGCAAAGAAUUUGUCCACAACCAGGCAACCUGUAUCUUGUGAAAACAUCUGCUGGAGCACGUAGAAUUCCUCUUAAAGAUGCAGUGUGCAAGAAAUUGCCAGGUUCUUAUUUCAGUAAACAGUUAUAUAUGUUUGGUGUUUCUAAGCAGUGCAUAAAAAUUAACAGCACAAAUGCUGAAGAUUUUCAGUUUCCCAUCCAGGAUUUUUUCAGUAAAGAGUAUUUUCUAGAAGAAGAUGGAAUACAACUGGCUGAUGGAGGAUAUCUUGUUCCCACGGAUGAGGGGAAGGCAGGCAAAGAGGAAUUCUACAGGGCUUUAUGUGAUACACCUGGAGUAGAUCCAAAGCUCAUUUCAAAAGCCUGGGUCUACAACCACUACAGAUGGAUCGUAUGGAAAUUGGCAUCUAUGGAAGUUGCAUUUCCACAAGAAUUUGCCAAUAAAUGCUUGACUCCAGAAAGAGUCCUAUUUCAGCUAAAAUACAGGUAUGAUGUGGAAGUUGACAAAAGUCAUCGAUCAGCCAUCAAAAGGAUAACAGAGAGAGAUGAUGUUGCUGGUAAAACACUCAUACUCUGCAUUUCUAAAAUUAUAUCAUUAAGUGCAGAUGUCUCACAGAUCUGUGACAAAGGCACUGCAGUGGAAAACAAACGAGAAGCGGCUGUGAUUGAAAUUACAGAUGGCUGGUAUGGGAUCAGAGCUGCCUUGGACUCUGCUCUGCAAUCACUGUUGCGUAGAGAGAGGCUGUGUGUGGGUCAGAAGAUCAUUGUACAUGGAGCAGAACUUGUAGGUUCACAGGACGCAUGCCCUCCCUUGGAAGCACCAGAAUCUCUUAUGUUAAAGAUUUCAGCUAACAGCACUCGACGUGCACGAUGGUAUGCCAAAUUAGGAUAUCACAGGGAUCCCCGGCCUUUCUGCUUGCCUUUGGCAUCACUCCAUAGUGAUGGUGGGACUGUUGGUUGUGUUGAUAUCCUUAUUCAAAGAGUUUACCCCACACAGUGGAUGGAAAAGUUAUCAACAGGCUCCUAUGUAUUUCGUAAUGAACGAGCUGAAGAAAGAGAAGCUGCAAAGCAUAAAGAAAAUCAACAGAAAGCCAUGCAAGCAUUACUUGCAAAAAUACAAGCUAAAUUUGAAAUGAAAGAGGUUACAAAUGAAGGCAAAAGAUCACUGAGAUCUCGCAUGCUAACCAGACAACAGAUUCGUUCCCUGCAAGAUGGUGCAGAGCUUUAUGAGGCAAUUCUUAAUGCUCCUGAUCCAUCUUACCUGGAGGGCUAUUUCAGUGAGGAGCAAUUAAAAGCCUUGAACAGACACAGGCAGAUGGUAAAUGAUAAAAAGCAAGCACAGAUAGAAGCAGAAUUCAGAAAAGCAGUGGAAUCUACUAACCAGGAGGAGCAUAGUUGCUGCAGAAGGGAUGUAACUACUGUGAUGAAACUACGUAUUGUGGAUUAUGGGAAAGAAGAAAGAGGCAAAGAAGUUCUAUUGAACAUCUGGCGUCCAUCAUCACAUGUUCAUGCCCUCCUCAAGGAAGGAUGUCGGUACAGAAUCUUCCAGCUAGUCGCAUCCCAAUCCAAAGGCAAGUUGGAGACAGCUAAUGUACAGCUAACGGCUACCAAGAAAACUCAGUAUCUACAGCUACCGGUCUCUCAGGAGAUUCUAGAACAUAUUUACAAGCCGAGGGAGUGUCUGAGUUUCAGCAAGAUAUUGGAGCGCUCUUUCCAACCAUCCUGCUCUGAAGUGGAUUUGGUGGGAUAUUUAGUUUCUCUCAGGAAAGGAACAGGUUCAUCUGUGUUGUAUUUGUCAGAUGAAAGUCAUAAUCUGAUAGCAAUCCAAAUCUGUACAGAUUUUAAGCAGUUUGCUGCUGAAGACAUUAUUGUUCCUUCUAAGUUGAUUUCUGCAAGCAAUCUUAAGUGGCAACCUAAAUGCAGAUCAGACAUUCCAACUUUAUUUGCUGGAGACCUUACUGCAUUCUCCUCAAAUCCAAAGGAAAGACAUCUUCAAGGGAAAUUUAAUGAACUGAAAAAUAUUGUAGAGAACAACAGCUAUUUUGGCAAAGAUGCACAACAGAGACUUACAAAUUUGCUUCAACUAGCAAACCCACUAGCUGCAGCAUUUAAUUUGCCCAAAGAAUGUGGUUUGAAUCCUUUUCCUUCCUCCUGGAAAUCUAGUGCAAGAAAUACACAUUCAAUUGCAACUCCUACCAAUGAACUAAGACAUCAGGGCCCGUUGACAGUUGGAAAGCAGAAUUCAACACCAUCAGUUUCGCUAGGCUCGGGAAAAAUGAUCCAAGAGCUGCAAGAAACGUCUAAGAACCUUAAGAAGAGGAAAGCAAUGGACCUGCUCAGUCAAGUGCCUUCCCCUCCUCCAGUGAAGCCAAUCAGCACAUUUGUUUCUCCAUCUCUGAAAAAAGCAUUUCAACCACCUCGAAAUUGUGAUACCCAGCAUGCAAGAUCAUUAGAAUGGACAGCUUGUAAACCUGUAAAAAAACCUUCCUUGAACAGAUUAAAUGAGGCUUGCUUUCCUCUUGAAAACAAUUUUGUUGCUGAUGAAGAACUUGCCAUGAUAAAUACGCAAGCCCUUUUAAAUAACUUUCCAAAAGAGAGAAGAGUUGACUUUACAGAUAAAAUUACUUAUGCGGUACUUAGUGAUUCACCAGAUGGCUGUUUACCAAGAGAGACUUCUUCCCAGUCAGCUGGUAGAAAAGAUACAUUGCAAGAGAGUAAUAAAGGAACUGAGACUCCCGGAAGGGGCGCAAGUGUAACUAAGAGUUCAUUGGCUGUGCAGCAAAGACAACGAAGAUGGAAAUAGUAAUAAAAGCCUGUACAUUUAUUGUAUAUUUUAAUAUUUAAAGAACACUUUGAAUAUUGGUUUCACUGUUUGCCUUAUUGUACAUAUUUCAGUUCCGUUCAAAAUAAAGAUUAGUUAAAUGAUUUGUCCUCUGCAAAAUGGAAUACUAAGAGAGCCUGACAAGACUGGUGGUAAAUUUUACAAGUUCCUGAAAUGCAGUGGUGAUACAUGUUGAACUAAGUACCAGCAGGGAUACUUGCAGGGAGCAGGGCAUCUCAGUUCUCCUUCUCCACUACUUUCUUUUCUUUGAAAGCGCCCAUAGCUUUCCCCAUUUUCCUGCUUCCCACCAACGAGCCAACCUAACUUUGUCUGCCUAUCUUCGUUUUUCUCACCUUUACUCCCCAGCAGCCUCUAUCUGGACAGUUAUGACUGAGUUGUACAAUGCCAGCCUUCAGGCCAGGCCCAGUUGCAAGGUGGGGAACCCAC